ACUGCAGCUGCCGAGGGUGAGAGCCGCUGGGGAACCGUCGCCGCCGGUCUCUGCUGCAGGGCGGUUCAGAUUUCCCCUGACAGCACUUUGGGGACAGAUUGGAUACAGGAUGAAAACGCUUAUUCUACAGCUUGAAUACAACACUAUGCCACAAAAAGAGUGACCUCUUCUCCCAUUUUCAUGAUGGAGGACUCUGGGAAGACUUUCAGCUCUGAGGAAGAAGAUGCUAACUAUUGGAAAGAUCUGGCAAUGACCUACAAGCAAAGGGCAGAGAAUACACAAGAAGAGCUCCGAGAGUUCCAGGAGGGGAGCCGAGAAUAUGAGGCUGAGUUGGAGACACAGCUGCAACAAAUUGAAACCAGGAACAGGGACCUCCUGUCAGAAAACAACCGCCUUCGCUUGGAGCUAGAAACCAUCAAGGAGAAGUUUGAGGCGCAGCAUUCGGAAGGCUACCGGCAGAUCUCCGCCUUAGAGGAUGACCUAGCCCAGACAAAGGCAAUUAAAGAUCAGCUGCAGAAAUACAUCCGAGAGCUGGAGCAAGCAAAUGAUGACUUGGAGAGAGCGAAACGGGCCACAAUUAUGUCUCUGGAAGACUUUGAGCAGCGCUUGAAUCAAGCCAUUGAAAGAAAUGCCUUCCUGGAGAGUGAGCUUGAUGAGAAGGAGAAUCUCCUAGAAUCCGUUCAGAGACUGAAGGACGAAGCCAGAGAUUUGCGUCAGGAAUUGGCUGUGCAGCAAAAGCAGGAGAAACCCAGAACCCCCAUGCCCAGCUCAGUGGAAGCUGAAAGGACAGACAUGGCGGUACAAGCCACUGGCUCCUUGCCAUCCACCCCCAUGACUCAUCGGGGACCCAGCUCUAGCUUCACCACACCAGGGACAUUCAGACGUGGUCUCGAUGACUCCAUGGGUGGGACUCCCCUCACUCCUGCGGCCAGGAUAUCAGCCCUCAACAUCGUGGGAGACCUGCUGCGGAAAGUAGGGGCACUGGAGUCCAAACUUGCGUCCUGCCGGAACUUCGUGUACGAGCAGUCCCCAAACCGAACAAGUGGCCCCCCCUCAGGACGGGGGAGCAAGAACAGAGAUGGCAGUGACAGACGGCCGAGCAGCACCAGUGUGCCUCUGGGUGAUAAGGGGUCAGGAAAACGCCUGGAGUUUGGGAAGCCAGCUUCAAAUCUGCCCUCACCAUCGCUGCCAUCUGCCCAGGGUGUAGUCAAGAUGUUGCUUUAGGAAAUCCACAGAAGCGAAGCCACUGGUGUCUGUGCAGGAGCUGUUAUUUUUCUUCCCCUCAUCACACUAGGUUUUUGUGUUGUUGUUUUUUUGUUGUUCUUAGUUCGAGAAAUAUGGGUGAGCAGUCCCACUAGCCAAUGACCGAGGCAAUCGCCUGUGGCCCCUGGCGGUUGACCCUGUGAAAUGUCGUUUCUUAAUCCCCAAACUCCCUGUUGGUGUGUUGCAGGACAGAGACAAACCGGACCCUCUGGAAAGGGUUCUGAGGUGUGGGUGCUGAGGCUACCACAUUGUGAGCUGACCCAAGUCCUGGUUGGCCUCGAGAUGUGUUUUUAAUGUCUGAAGAUGCCUUUCAAGAGGGACCUGAGCCCACUUCAGGCUCACCCCAGCCCCAUUCAGCUGGAGCUUUCUUCUAGAACAAAGUCUCCCAACACUGUGUGGCACAGCAAGGAUCUGUGCACUAAAAUCAUGUCUAGGAGUGGAGAGUAGACUAGGCACGUGCUUAUUGAAACGGGUGUAGUGCACCUCCCAGACUUUUUCACCUGCCUCUCGUUGAAGCUUUUAGAAGAGUGCUUGAGUUUCAGAGCACAUUUAUGGGGACUGGGUUAGUGGAAAAUCUGUCCUUUUUAGAUCUGUCCUGACUGUUAGUUGUCCUGAGCCACAUCCCUGGCAUGGGGGUGACCUCCACUUCAGGACCCUCGAGGUCACUGGGAUGGAGUGGCCUUGGAAAUGCAGCCUUUAAGAAUAGGAUUUCACUCCAGGCCAUAAUGAAAUAAUCAGGGUGACCUUCACAUAAGAGUAAACCCCCAGGAUUGUUGUUGAAAGCCUGCUUAUCAAAGAAGAAACGAACACAGGAUUUCCAGCCCGGACAGUGCCUGUACUCAUCACUGCGUGUGAACGGCUGUCUCAUGCUUUUGGUCUCAAGUAAACAGAAGACAUGAAUUCAGGAGCAUGUGUGUAGCUUAACGAGCUUCCCUUUGUUACUAAAUUAUUUUUCCAAAAGAACAGCAAAAGUGUUCCUGAUUUGAAAAUAGAACUUUUCAAGUGCUACUGAAAUUCUACGGAGAAUUAAAACUUCAGUGCCUGGUUCAUUAUCCUAGAAACAUGCUAACCUGUAUUGGUAAAAAGAUGUACUUUUAUUUUUUUAAAAGAACAAUAAAAUCAAGAGAAACUAAUUUUCAA